GACAAUGCAGCAAUGGGCAAUAAUGGACUUCUUGAUCAACGCUUUGCCAUAUUGUGGGUAAAGACAAACAUCAAAAACUUUGGCGGCAAUCCAGGGGCCAUCGUGCUAUUUGGACAGUCUGCAGGAGGUGUUAGCGUUGGAUUGCAAUGUCUGUCACCUCUCAAUACUGGACUCUUCAGCAAAGCUAUAUUACAGAGUGGGGUUCCGCUUGUAUCUCAGGCAGUGAGGUCGGACGAUCCUUCCAUCUGGGCUCAGAAAAACUAGCCUCUAUCUUAUCAUGCCCAGUUAAUGAUAGCUUUAGUCUAAUAGAUUGUCUACAGGCAAAAAAAUCAACGGAACUUAUUAAAGGUGCCAUUGAGCUACACAGCUUCAAUUUUAAAUUUGUUCCCACUGUGGAUGGUUUGUUCCUUCCCAAACCCCCACAAGAACUCUACAGAAACACAAGCUUGGUCAAUCGAUAUUCCUAUUUGGCAGGAGUGAACAGUCAAGAGGGAAGCUUGGCCUGGCCACAGAUAAAAACGAUCACAACACAAGCUGACUUUUUUGACUUCAUGCCACGUUUUCUCCAACUGCCUCCAGAUAGAGAGGCGAUGGUGACCGAAGCAAUGCUGUGGGAAUAUCGGGAUUGGACUGAUCUUAAUCACAGCUCUUCCCACCUUCAGAGGCAAGCCCUCGACAUGAUUGGCGAUGCGAGUUUCAUAGCACCACUCAUGAUGACAAGUGACUUCAUAGCCAACACAAGAAAAGGUGUUUAUAUGUAUUACUUUACGAGGCAUCCUAACGCAUCUGUAUUACCUACCUGGAUGGGAGCAGGUCACGGAGAUGAGCUUCCGUUUGUAUUUGGAGCUCCAAUAAUGGAAGGAUCGCUUGUGGGAGAGAAAGAGUUGGCCCUGAGUGAACAGAUAAUGACCUAUUGGACAAACUUUGCUAAAACGAGUAAUCCAAAUUCACCCAGAACGGUGCCCGUUAAGUGGCCGAAGUACGACAAACGAAACGCUCGCUACCUCCAGUUGGAUGUCAACCUGUCAAAACUCAAUAUAAAGAAGGACCUGAAACCCAGGCGGGUCGCUUUCUGGAACCAACUCUACCCGACUUUACUAAAGGUCAAGGAAUGUCCAGUUACAAAGCCCCGAAGUGAUCCUUUGAUUAAGACCCAACAUGGACUUUUACGAGGUACCAGGCUUCAGCAGAACGGUAAACUAACAGACAUUUUCAAAGGGAUUCCAUAUGCACAGCCUCCUACUGGGGAAUUUCGUUUUCAAAAGCCAAGGCCCCUGAACUCAUGGAAAGGUAUUCGGGAUGCGAAAACGUUUGGGAAUAUCUGCAUGCAGGAUCGUGUGCUCAUAAAGGAUGUCCAGGGGGAUGAAGACUGUUUGACCCUUAAUAUAUGGAUUCCUCAUGGCAUUCAAGAGGCAUUGCACAAGAAGCUGGCCGUCAUGAUUUGGAUUCAUGGAGGAGCUUUUUCCAUUGGAUCAAGUCUUGGCCUCGGUGUCAUCAACGAGACUCUGUACGAUGGCAGAGAGCUGGCCCACCAGGGACAGGUCAUUGUUGUGAGCGUCAAUUACCGACUAGGAGCACUUGGCUUUCUCAGCACCGGAGAUGGCAAUGGCAGAGGUAACUAUGGCUUGUGGGACCAACACACAGCCAUAGCUUGGGUGAAGAGCAACAUUGCAAACUUUGGAGGAAAUCCAGAGCUCAUCACUCUAUUUGGUGAAUCUGCUGGAGGUGCCUGCACAAGCCUCCACAUAUUAUCACCAGUCAACAAAGGCCUCUUCAGACGUGCCAUUUCGCAGAGCGGGGACGCCCGGGCGAUUUGGGCUGUGAAUCGAAACCCGCUCCGCGCUGCUCGUAGAGUUGCGCAGUCCGUGGGAUGCCCAUGGGAAGACAAUGCUGCCAUGAUCUUCUGCCUCAGGCAGGUGCCUGCUAAAGAUAUCGUGUUGGCCAUUCGAGUGACAGAGUUGCUUAACAAAGAGAAGUUGAUAUUUUUCCUUCCGUUUGUCCCGACAAUAGAUGGUGAAUUCCUCCCUGAUGAGCCCGAGAUGCUGUUUGAAAACAGUAAAGAUAUUGACUAUUUGCUGGGUUGCAAUAGUGGUGAUGCCCAUAUGUUCGUGUCCGCCUGGUUCCCUGGAGUCAAUAUCCCCUUUGGAAUUAGUCAAGCUAAAUUCCGAACAGCAGUAGAAAAGGGAGUAGGUUCUUUAGGUGCGGACGCAAUGGAGUCAGUUAUUUUCGAGUACACUGACUGGCAGAAUCCAACACAGUUUUCCAGAAGGAAGGGGUUGUCACAACUGUAUACUGAUAUGGAAUUUUGUGCUCCUGCAUUUGGAUCUGCUCAGAAGCAUGCAAUGAUGGCCAGCUAUGCCAGCUCGACAUAUGUCUACCAGUUUUCAUACCCCUCCAGAAUGCCAAACGUCAUCUGGCCGGAGUGGAUUGGUGCACUUCAUUCAGAAGAACUCCAGUAUCUCUUUGGCAGACCCUUCUCCACGAUGCAGUCCUACAACCAGCAGGAGAGGCAAUUGAGCCAGGCCAUGAUGAACUACUGGUCCAACUUUGCAAAAACAGGAAACCCGAACUAUCCUGAAUCAGUCCCUGUUACCUGGCCAGAGCACAGCACUGAGAAGCAUUAUAUGGAUCUGAAUGUGAACCUAGUUCAAGAAUCAGUGGGAAGAAACCUCAGAGCAAAGCAGUUUGCAAUGUGGAAUGAGCUGAUCUCAAAGAUGGUCUCCAGAAAUAUUAAUUGUCUUGAGGACCAUAUCCCACCGCAGAAUGGGACCGUUCCAGAGAUAACAGCUCCCACUGUCACAGCUCAACAGGGACAAAUAAAAGGUUUCAUUAGUGAAGACUUCCUGGGAGGAUUCCUGCAGAUUUUCUUGGGUAUACCUUAUGCAUCGCCACCAGUUGGAGAGUUACGUUUCAAGCCCCCAAAGGAUGCCAGCUCAUGGAGUGGAACACUGGAUGCAACACAUCUAAGAGCUGCCUGCCCUCAGUCACUCACUGAGCUACCAGAGGGAAUCAACCACACAAGUGAAGACUGCCUCUACCUAAACAUCUAUGCACCAAUCAAGACAAACAAUAGUUCUCCGCCUCUCCCAGUGAUGGUUUACAUUCACCAUGGUUCGCUGCGAUGUGGAGCUGCUGGAGCGUACGACAUGAAGAAUCUCGCUGCCUAUGGACAGGUUGUGGUGGUGGAUUUCAACUACCGCCUUGGACCACUUGGCUUCCUUACCACGCUGGAUGUGAAUGCCCCCGGCAACCUUGGAUUCUUGGACAUGUCCAAAGGGCUUCAAUGGAUAAGAGACAACAUCCAGAGCUUUGGAGGAGAUUCGACCUGUGUUACAUUAUUCGGUCAUGGGGCUGGAGGGCUAGCAGUGAAUUAUCUCCUCCUGUCACCCCUCACCAGAGGCCUCUUCCAUAGAGCCAUCUCCAGCAGUGGGAAUGCUUUGGUGACAGGUUCCUUGGCAAAGCGCAAUGAAAACUAUUCUGACCCUCUUGUUGCCACUCAAGAACUGGCCAAAGCGCUGGGUUGUCCAACUGAUACUAAUUUAAAGAUGGUGGACUGCCUCCGAACAAAACCAGUGGAAUCUCUUCUGGAUGCCCCAGUGCCUGGAAUACAGUUUGCUCCUGUCAUCGAUGGUGUCUUCUUGCAGGAACCACCUUGGGAUUCACUUCUAAAGGGAAACUACAUGAAAAUUCCUUAUAUUAUAGGAUUUACCAAUGAUGAGGAAGGAGCUGAGCUCGCUAAUCUUUUGGGUAAUGAUAAUGGAAUUACCACAGGGACCUAUCACAAAAUGGUGCUGGAAUACUCCAGUGCGCAUUUCCGAUAUAAUCCAGCCCAGAUGGCAGAUGUCAUUGACUAUUCUUACAGAGACUUCAAUCAUCCAAAUGACCCAAAAGCUCUCCGAGAUGGCUUCAGAGACCUGGUUCAGGACCACAAGUGGUUAGCGCCAAGUUACCAAUUAGCAGACCAACAUUCAACCAGGGCAGACACCUUUCUGUACAUCUACAGCCAUCCUGCCUCCUCCUCCUCUCGGAUUUCUCCAUGGAUUGGUGCUUCUCAUCUAGAUGAUUUGCUUUACCUGUUUGGAGACCCAGUUGCUAAAAAUCCAACUCAAGAAUACAAUGAAACGGAGAAGCAAAUAUCUUUCAGCCUCAUGGCUUACUGGACAAACUUUGCACACAAUGGUAACCCAAACAAAGGGCCACACAGGAUACCGAAGUGGCCUAAAUAUACAUCCACCAACAGAGAAUUUGUAAACGUCACUACAGACGUAUCAGACUGGACAGGCAAUUCUUACCGGAGUCAACAAACGGCACUUUGGAACAGAAUUGCCCUCAAAAUGCAAUCCAAAGAUUGGUGUAAUAAAAAUGGAGAGAAACAUUUACCUGUGAAUAUUACAACCACUGCCAGACCAACCACCACCCAGUCUCCAGAACUAUGUAAUGAGGUCACACAAGAUAUUCUGUCAAUGAAACUGACCGCUGAAGAAAUAAUCACUGCAUUCUACAUUAGUUUUGCUCUCUUGUUUAUCGAGGCAUUCCUGAUUUUAGGAUUACUGUACAAAUUGUGUAUGCAAUGGAGAAAGUUAAGGAAAUUACAACGAUUGUUAACUCCAUCUGAAGUAUCUUUAAAGGGAAUUGCUGAUGAAAAUACACAUUCAAAAUUUUGAAAACUCACUUAUUAUACAAAGCAUUUGGACUUUAAAUUAGGCCUUUUUAAGAAAAGUAAAAUAAUGGGAUUUAAAAAUCUGACCCAAAGAAAGCCAUAUCGUGUAAAACAGCAAUUUGGGUCAAUUAGAUAGCUGGUUUUCAUUCACUUUCAUUUAAGAAGAUUCUUAUUGAAACGGAGUACACGAAUAAAAAUGUAACAAAAUAAA